UAUCUUGUCUCCAUCCAAAAAUUUUGCUUUAUUGGACGGUCUAUAAUUAUUUUACGAGUACAUAAUAUGUUUAAAAGGAGCAUCGUCUAUAUCUCUUCCGAUCGCAGUAAGCUCUCUUCGCUUGCAUUCGAGGCGCCUCUUCCUUUUCUCGCCCCCUCAAACACCAAAUCCUCGAUUCUCGCGCUCUCGUCGGCGGCGGAGCUCCGACCAUGUCGGCUACAAGCAGCUUCUCCACAUGCAUCAGCCGCGAGCCGGCGCCGGUCGUGCUCCGCUGCCCGGCUCUGCUGCCAUCCAGCGUGCUGCCGUCGAGGAGAUGGCGGGCGGCCGUUGUGCUGCGCGUGGCGGCGGUCUCCAGAGCCACGUCUGCGGAGGCAGCACCGGCGAAGAAGAGGCAGCCCAGGGGCAUCACCAAGCCCCGGCCCGUCUCCUCGGAGCUCCAGGCGCUGCUGGGCGUCAAGGAGAUCCGUCGCACCCAAGCCCUCAAGCAGAUAUGGGCCUAUGUCAAAGAGAACAAUCUCCAGG